CCUUUUUUAAUAUCCCCGUAUUUAUUACUUGUGUAUAAUGAAUGUAUCAGAUUUGCUUAAUCCUUUGACAACACCACCAAUACUCAAUAAAGGCCAUAGACACAGAUGUGUAUCAACACCCAUUAUGAGUAGAUAUCAAACACAUACAGAAGAACAAGCAGUUGGAAAAUCACGUAGUCGAUUUUCAGAGUAUGAAGAUAACAUUAUUCGAGAAGGAGUUGCUCAAGGGUUGACUUGGGGUCAAAUCUCUGAACUAUUACCACAUCGUAAAAGAGCUACAUGCUUUAAUCGUUAUAGGACACUACAAGGUAUCCGGAAAUCACGUAAAUCGAGCACAAUAGAAGCCCCGCAGCAGGAUGAAAUAAUAUAUCAAACAUCAGCAAACCUAUCUUUUUCCUCGCCUGUAAGCGAAAUCAAUAGUGAAACUUCAUCUUCAUCAUCAGAUGAUGAAUCAUCCUAUUCACCCCCUCCUAUGACCACUACAGCUCACCGUACGCAUAGAAUUUCCCUACCUCUAAGUAAUACAGCAUCUCUGCAUCGUCAUCAUUCUGCUUUUCAUGAAUUGUAAAAAAAAAAAAAUAACACCAAAAAAGAAAAAGAAAAAAAAAAAA